AUCAUCAUCAUAAUCGACGUUGUUGUUGUUGUUGUCGAUGCCAUUAUAAAUACAACCAUUUUUUUUUGUUUUGUUGUGAUAAAUUUACCAAUUUACCAGUUAUUGAUAUUAUCAAAUGUGAAUAUGUUUUUUUUCUUGGCCAACAGUUGUGUGAGAUAUUUGAAAAACAAAAUGAUAACGAUAAAUGAACAUACGUAAAUUGGCUUUUUUUUUCUUAUUUGUUUUCAAUCAUCAUCACCAACUACCAUCAAAGAAAAAAUUAUCACCAUUUUAUAAAUCAGCAUUGUACAGCAUAAGAAAAAAUUUCAGAUUUCAUAUUCCAUUUGUAUAUUUGGUGUUUUCUUGUGUGUGCGUGUUUGUGAAUUAUUUGAAAUACGGGAUAAAACUAAAAAAAAAAAAAAUGAAAUGUGAACAGCAAAUAUAAACUGUGAAAGUGAUUGAAAAAGAAAGAAGAAAAAAUGGGAAAUUCAAAAUCAUCAAUGGAUAAUAAUUUACAUAAAUCUUUUGAUGAUUAUUUAAUCGAUAAUGGCAUAAAACAAUCAUCAAAUUCAAUUUAUAUGAAAAGUUUUGAUGAAUAUUAUCAUCUAUAUGGUAGUGAGCAGAAAAUAUCCGAAUUAAAACGUGGUCGAUCAUUGUUUUAUACAAAAUCAAAGUCAACGGUUACCAACAAUAAUAAUAAUAAUAAUAAUCAUCAUCAAAAGCAACAACAGAAUUUUAAACGUAAUAAUUCAUUACCACCUGUAUCACGUUUACAGCGAAAACAACAAUCAAUGAAUACAAAUGAAAUGAUGAUGAUUGAACCGAAACAAUUACACAAAGGUUUCGAUAUGAUACGUCAUCAUUUUGGUCAGAAAGAUUGUGAAUGGUCACCACGAUUAACUGAAUUGGAAACAUCGAUAUUAUUGUUGAAUGAAAAAGUAACUGAAUUAGAAUUAUCACGACAGGAUUGUGUACGGAAAUUAUCGCAAUUAAAAAUUGAAUUAGAACAGCAACAUCAGCAGCAACAACAACAACAACAACAACAAAAGAAUCCAAAUUCAAGAAAAAUUCUUCCAUUACCACCAAACAACAACAAAUCUAGACAUAAUUAUGGCCACAUUUUACGAAUAAAAUUUAUUGAAAAUUACAUGAAACGUUUAGAAAAUUUAUUACGAAUUGAUCGAGAACCAUUUUUAGCCAUUACAACUUGUUCAUCAUCAUCAUCAUCAAUUGAUCAUCAUAUCAAUAAUGUUGAUGAUCGAUUCUGUGAUGAAAAAUAUGAUGAUAAUGAUAAAAAAUUAUUAUGA